AUGAAGCUUGUCAGGUUUCUUAUGAAAUGUGCAAAUGAGACAGUCACAAUCGAGCUUAAGAAUGGAACCAUUCUCCAUGGAACGAUAGCCUCUGUCUCCCCACAAAUGAACACCGCCCUACGCACAGUCAAGAUGACCCCCAAAGGCCGUGACCCUAUCUCCCUUGACUCGAUUAAUAUCCGUGGUUCUACAAUCAGAUACUAUAUCCUACCCGACAGCCUUCCUCUUGAUACCUUGCUUGUAGACGACCAGCCAAAACCAAAGAACAAGGCACGAAAGGAGAGUGAUCGAGGCGGCCGUGGUGGCCCAAGAGGAGGCCCCAGAGGGCGAGGUGGACGAGGUGGCGGCAGGGGACGUGGACGAGGUCGUGGAUUCUAG